AUGACAUCCCCAAACCUCCGCCUCCGAGUCGCCAAAGGCUUUGAUAAUAUGGAUGAUGGCGAUAAAUACCCACCCUUUCCGCCACAUGAGUCCACUCCACAGAUGCUGAAGACUACGGAUGCGAAACUCGUACGAUUGGAGAGGAGGAAAUGGGUGCCUCGGCCCAUUUCCGUCGUGAUGGACGAAGCGAUAACAGAGGAGAAGAUUAAAGAUGAACAAAAUCAACAGGAUGAACAAAAUCAAGAGGAAGAGGAAGAGAACGCAAAGGGAGAGAAGCAAAGUCCGCUCGAACACCGACUCCACCAAAUCAGACAUUUACACCAACAACCUCUGAUGCUGGUGUCGUGGUUACUUUGCUUCGUACAUGCGUUGAACGCAUACCUGAGUCAGAGCAGCAAUGAUGGUUCGAUGUGGUUGAAGCAGAUGCAUAGGCUUGUGAUGAUGAUUUUCGCAGUGGAGAUGGCUGUCAACUACAUCUCUUCGGGAAAUUGUUGGGUGAGGAGAUGGAGGGUGGAAGAUAUGGUCAAAAAACUUAGGUUGUAA